AUGGCUCCAAAGAAGGGCAAACAGCCUCAAGUUCAAGAGAACGUAUCUCUAGGUCCACAGGUCGCUGAAGGUAAUUAUCGCCGUCCCAACCAGCCUCUGUUGAGCGCUAAUAAGACUCGUCACAGCGGCCGCGAAGUGAGUGCGGCGACCCUUUCGAGAACUCGGUUCUGA